GAUAAACUCGGGUUUUGUUUUGGUGGUCGAACCUCCUUCACCUCCUUGUUUAUCAUUCCUUCUUUUCUCUCCAACGCCUGAUUAUAUAUACAUUCUUCACGUGUUGUGUAUGUUUGUACAGUUGUGUACAGAAACUACAGAAGUACACACACACACACACUUUUUUACUGGCAGUACUGAAAAUCUAUAGUAUACGUGACGCAAACUAUAGAUUUUCAGUACUGGCAGUAAAAAAGGAACACAGGGUCAGGUCAGUCGUCGAGACCAUGCAGUCGAGGCAGACGAGACGUCGAUCAUUUGGAUCACUGGUUGAUACCGGUUUACGCAGUUGAUUUCACGGAAAUAUCAAUUAAACGGUCCGCAAGUCAACGUUAUGAGUUUACGCUGGAAAAUAUUUCACGGAAUUAGACAGAGAUCGCAGAUACCACCGUUGCAGGUGAUAGUAAGAGGUUAUAACACCUGCCAGCAGUCUCCCACGGAGAAGGAGCAUGGGUCCUCCAGGAAUACGCGAGAGCCUGCUACGUUGUACGCAACGUGUGUUGCCGUUGCCGCCUUAGGUAUAUCUUAUUACAUCACUUUCAAAUACAAAAGAAACGUCUACGCUCUCAGCGCAACGCAAAACGUACAAUGUGGUCAAUUACGCAAGGACAUGAAGACCUACACUCUGGAAGAAGUGGGGAAGCACGACAGCAAGGAAAAUCGUAUCUGGGUUACCUUCGGGCAGGGUGUAUACGAUAUAACGGAAUUUGUCGACAAGCAUCCGGGUGGCCCUUCAAAAAUUAUGAUGGCUGCAGGCGGCACCGUUGAUCCGUUUUGGACCAUAUUUGCGAAUCACAAUACGCCGGGGAUCCACUCCCUGCUGGAAUCCAUGAGAAUCGGAAAUAUAUCGGAGGAGGACGCUGAAUCUAAUAAGAGCGAUCUGUACGAUCCGUACGCGAACGAGCCAGCCAGGCAUAAGGCCUUAAUAAUUAACGGCAAUAAACCCUUCUGCGCGGAACCGUCA